GACUGCUUGUGCUUCUUCCGCUGAUCAUAUCUGCAGAUUGCGAGACGGGCUUGUGCGGCAGAUCACUUUCAGAAGAACUCCCAACUAUGCUUGAAAGCAUAGGGGACGCAAGGGACGCAAGUACUUUGGCGUCUGUUUAGUUGGACUUCGUGUCUCUGCUGCUAACCAGAUCGUGACCGUUCCUUGCUGGGUGGCGCAUGCCACAGAAAAAGAGGGGGGCAGACGUCCCCGGGCCCGACUCCUCUGCGAAGCGGUACCGGUCUGACUCAGCAACUAGCAUGGGGAAGCAGGAGCCCUCCGCAGGCGUCGUCGAGAUCGAUGAGGAUCUCCACAGCCGUCAGCUGGCGGUGUAUGGCCGUGACACCAUGCGCCGCCUCUUCGGCGCCAGCGUCCUGAUCCAGGGCUUGAAGGGGUUGGGUGUGGAAGUUGCCAAGAAUGUGAUCCUAGCAGGAGUGAAGGCCGUCACUCUUCAGGAUGAAGGCAAGGUUGAGCUGGCGGACCUGUCCUCCCAGUUCUACCUGAAGGAGGAGGAUGUUGGGAAGUACAGAGCACAGGCGUGCCUUGAGCGGCUCAAGGAGCUGAACACCGCAGUGUCAGUCACUGCAAUCACGGAGCGGAUCACUGAGAAGUUAUUGGAGAACUUCCAGGCCGUUGUCAUCACCGAUCUUUCCUACGAUGAGUCCAUCAAGCUCGAUGACUACUGCCACAACCACAGCCCCCCUAUUGCGUUCAUUCGGGCCGAGAUCCGUGGCGUGUUUGCCAACGUCUUCACCGACUUCGGACCUUCUUUCACUGUGCGGGAUGUCGAUGGCGAGGAUGCCCACACCGGCAUCAUUGCUUCCAUCAGCAACGACAGCCCUGCGCUGGUGACAGUGGUGGAUGACGAGCGGCUGGAGUUCGUGGACGGAGAUCUGGUCACGUUUGGGGAGAUCCGCGGCAUGACCGAGCUCAACGACGGCAAGCCACGCAAAGUGUCCAACGUGAAGGCGCACUCGUUCAUGCUCGAAGAGGACACCUCCAAGUUCGGUGCGUACCAGGGGGGUGGCAUCGUGACUGAAGUCAAGCUUCCGAAGGACCUCCAGUUCAAGACGUUCAAGGAGAGCCUGCAGGCUCCCGGGGAGUUUCUGCUGAGCGACUUCUCCAAGUGGGACCGGCCGCCCCUGCUGCACCUCGGCUUCCAGGCGCUGGACAGCUUCCGCGCGCAGCACGGCAGAUUCCCUGCCCCCGCCUCCAAAGAAGACGGCGACAAGCUCGUUGCUCUCGCGAAGGAGAUCAACGACAAGGCCGAGUCAAAGAUCGAGGAGAUCGACGAGUCCGUCCUGCGCCACCUGGCGUCCGGAGCGUCCGCAGACCUGAGCCCCAUGGCUGCGAUGCUGGGCGGAGUCGUGGGCCAGGAAGUCGUCAAAGCGUGCUCCGGGAAGUUCCACCCGCUGUUGCAGUUCUUCUACUUCGACUCCAUCGAGUCCCUCCCCCGCGAGCCUCUCUACCCCGACGAGGUCGCACCCCUCGGCAGCCGCUACGAUGCGCAGAUUGCCGUCUUCGGCCGCACCCUCCAAAAGAAGCUCCAAGAUGCGCAGACGUUUGUGGUUGGUGCGGGCGCGCUCGGGUGCGAGUUCCUCAAGAACCUGGCGCUGAUGGGCGUGUCGACAAGCGACAACGGUUGCCUGACCGUUACCGACGACGACACGAUCGAGAAGAGCAACCUGAGCCGGCAGUUCUUGUUCCGUGACUGGAACAUUGGGCAGGCGAAGAGCGCGGUUGCGGCGGCAGCGGCGAAGGCGAUCAACCCGGAGCUGAAGGUCCGCGCGCUGCAGAACCGCGUCUCGCCCGAUACCGAGGACGUUUUCGACGACGCCUUCUGGGAGGGCCUCGACGUCGUCAUCAACGCGCUCGACAACGUGAACGCGCGCCUGUACGUCGACUCGCGCUGCGUCUACUUCCAGAAGCCGCUCCUCGAGUCCGGCACGCUCGGCACCAAGUGCAACACGCAGAUGGUGCUCCCGAACCAGACCGAGAACUACGGCGCGUCGAGGGAUCCCCCUGAGAAGCAGGCGCCGAUGUGCACGCUGCACUCGUUCCCGCACAACAUCGACCACUGCCUCACGUGGGCGCGCUCCGAGUUCGAGGGGCUGCUCGAGAAGACGCCCGCGGAAGCGAACGCGUUCCUGGUGGAUCCUGCGAAGUACAAGGCGGCGGUGCGGCAGGCGGGCGACGCGCAGGCGCGCGAGAGCCUGGAGAAGGUCGUCGAGAGCCUGGUCGUGGAGAAGUGCGCCGGGUUCGAAGAUUGCAUUGCGUGGGCGCGCCUCAAGUUCGAGGACUACUUCGCCAACCGUGUGAAGCAGCUCACGUUCACCUUCCCCGAGGACGCCGCCACUAGCAACGGCUCCCCCUUCUGGUCCGCCCCCAAGCGGUUCCCCCGGGCGCUCGAGUUCGACACCGCCGACCCGUCGCACAUCUCGUUCGUCCAGUCGGGGGCCAUCCUCCGGGCAGAGACGUACGGCGUUAAGGUGCCGGAGUGGGCGAAGGAUCCUGAGAAGGUGAAGGAGGCGGUGUCCAAGGUGCACGUGCCGGAGUUCGUGCCGAAGCAGGGCGUGAAGAUCGUGACGGACGAGAAGGCGACCAGCCUGGCGCAGCCGAUGGACGACGAUUCGGUGAUUGACCAGCUGCUGGAGAAGCUCGAGGGAGGCACCAACGGGCUGCCCAAGGACUUCAAGAUGGCACCCAUCACCUUCGAGAAGGACGACGACACCAACUUCCACAUGGACUUCAUCGCGGGCCUCGCCAACAUGCGCGCGCGCAACUACCAGAUCCCGGAGGUGGACAAGCUCAAGGCCAAGUUCAUCGCGGGGCGCAUCAUCCCCGCCAUCGCGACGACCACCGCCAUGGCCACCGGGCUCGUCUGCCUCGAGCUGUACAAGACGCUGCAGGGCCACCCGAUGGAGCUCCACCGCAACACGUUCGCCAACCUGGCGCUCCCGCUGUUCGCAAUGGCGGAGCCCAUCCCGCCCAAGAAGUUCAAGCACAACGAGCUCGAGUGGUCCAUCUGGGACCGCUGGAUCAUCGAGGGUGACAUCACGAUGCAGGAGCUGCUGGACUGGUUCAGCGCGCGGAAGCUGAGCGCGUACAGCAUCAGCUGCGGCCAGGCGCUGCUGUACAACAACAUCUUCCCCAAGCACAAGGAACGCUUGUCCAAGAAGGUGUCCGAAUUGGCACGGGAUGUUGCAAAGGUUGUCGUUCCAGAGAAGAGAAAGCACUUUGACAUUGUCGUAGCUUGCGAAGAUGAGGAUGACGACGAGAACGAUCUUGAUGUGCCGCUUGUGUCCAUCAAGUUCCGUUAGGCGACCUUCCUUGGCAUACCUAUUAGGCGAUUCAUAGGUCGAGAACCAUUAAGAUUUCUGUGCUUGUGUCGUACUCGGUGACGAAUAUCAUUGAUAUCUGUGGAGCUCGUGGAGCAUGUAUGCGCCUAGUCGAAGCUUCUUUCGUGCACAAUUGUUGGGGUCUCCUUUACUAACGCACGAGUCCAUCAUGG